GAGUUCCCAGCUUAGCCGAAAAGCCAGUAGCCCCUUUCAACCUCUGCUUAUCACAUCUCAAAACCAAUGGAAGUAUUAAGAGACAUGCAAAUCCAAGGAACGAAAGUCCCUCAUUUGGUUAUUUUGCCACUCCCAUUUCAAGGACACAUAAAUCCCAUGCUUCAACUGGCCACUCUCCUACAGUCCAAAGGAUUCUCAAUCACUUUAAUUCACACUCACUUCAACUCUCCCAAUCCAUCCAACUACCCCAACUUCAACUUCGAGCCUAUACCCGAUGGCUUAUCGGACAGUCAGCUCUGGACUGAGGACCCCGUAAAAAUUUUGUACUUCCUCAACGACACGUGCCAAGCACCGUUCCAUGAUCGCUUGUCCCGAUUACUAUCUGAUGGCCCAGUUACGUGCAUCAUCACUGAUGAGAUUUUUUACUUCACUAAAGCCGUUGCCGAUCAGUUGAAGCUCCCGAGAAUUUUGUUAAACACCGGCAGUGCCACAUAUGCCACUACCACAGCGUCUUUGAAGCUUCUACAACAAAAUGGACUCCUUUCCAUCACAGAUGGUCAGCCAAACACACUCAUUCCUGAGAUUCCACCGCUCAGGAUCAAGGACAUUCCAGACAUCGGCACCACAGAUCCUGAUACAUUUGAGCAAUUGGGGGCCAAUGUUCUCAAUGCAAUGAGGUCUACUUUGGGUUACAUUAUGAACACAUUUGAUGAUCUUGAAUCAACUGCGUUGGCAAAAAUUAGACAAGAUAUUCAUCCCAUGCCAUUGUUUGCAGUGGGCCCGCUCUGUAAAUUCUCACCGGGAUCAUCAAACAGCUUACUAACACAAGACUACAGUUGCAUGGCAUGGCUAGACAAGCAGGCACCACAGACCGUGAUUUACGUCAGCUUCGGGAGCACAGCUUCCUUUGAUAAAAGAAACGUGGUGGAGAUAGCCUGGGGGCUAGCCAAUAGUGACCAGCCUUUCUUGUGGGUGAUCCGGCGAGGCUCCAUCCAUGGCCAUGAUCAGGUCGAACUACCAGAAGGGUUCGAAGAGAAGACACGGGAGAGGGGCCAGAUUGUUAACUGGGCCCCACAACAAAAAGUGCUGGCCCACCCAUCAGUGGGAGGUUUUUGGACACACAAUGGUUGGAAUUCUACGUUGGAGAGCAUAUGUGAAGGGGUCCCCAUGAUAUGUUCUCCUUAUUUAUGGGACCAAAAUUUGAAUGCUAGGUAUGUGAGCCAUGUUUGGAGGGUGGGAAUUCAACUUGAGAAUGGGUUUGAUAGAAGUGAGAUAGAGUGGGCCAUAAGAAGAUUGAUGGUGGAGAUUGAAGGGAAGGAUAUAAGAGAGAGAGUACGUGAUCUAAAGGAAAAUGCAAUGCAUUGUAUAGAGAAAGGAGGUUCUUCAUAUGAAUCAUUAGACGGUUUGGUUGAUAUUAUCAUGUCAUUGUAAUUCCUCUUUUCUUAUCAUAUUUCAUUUGUAUUUUCAUUAUAUGGCAAGCUACAACAAGAAAUAUGUGAUCAAAUAGGCCUUUGUUUCAGUGUAAUUAUAUUUCUUUGAAAUUAAAUACUACACUGAUUGAAAUUUAGGCUGUA